AUGGCGUACUCGUCCUCAACGUCGGCGCUGGUGUAUGCGGCGACCGUCGCUGUUCCUUCGAUCGCCAGCGCCCGUCCCGACGACGACAUCACGAAGGCCAAAGCCUGGCACGUCAAGUCGGGAGGCUUCAACAACCCCUGGCCCUCAUGGGACAUGCACUCUGCGCCAACCAUCAUCCGUGGCAUGCUCAUGCGCCGCUUCUCAGGGCGCGCAAAUAUACCCAACACCACUCCACCGACCGUCCCCGUCCAUGCGCCGACAUUCCUACCCUCUCGCACCUCAAGUACCUCAUUGCGCGCAACCUGGCUGGGCCAUGCGUGCUACUACGUGGAAUUCCCGUCUGGUCUGCGUGUGCUCUUCGACCCGGUGUUUACAGACCGCUGCAGCCCAUUUUCAUGGCUGGGACCAAAACGAUACACCGAGAUGCCGUGCCAGAUCCGCGACAUACCCACGAUCGACGCCGUCGUCAUUUCGCACAACCACUACGACCACCUCUCUCACCCGACCAUCAUGGAGAUUCACAAACUGCACCCGAAAUGCCACUUCUUCGUCCCCCUGGGAAACAAAAAGUGGUUCGAAGCCUGCGGGAUAACGAAAGAAUGCACCGAACUCGACUGGUGGGAUGAUGUAGAUUUCACGCUCACACCCUCCUCGUCUCCAGCAAAGAGUGACAAAGUCAGCAUCUCCUCCGCCGACACACCGUCCGCGAAGCCCACCACAGACGCAGACGCAAUCACGAGCAGAAUAUCGUGCUUACCGUGCCAGCACAUCUCGGCAAGGAGCGUCCACGACCGCGCCGCCACGCUCUGGUCGUCGUGGUCCGUCACCUCGGGCGGGAAGAGCGUCUACUUUGGCGGCGACACGGGAUACCGAUCCGUGCCCAAAGAAAGCGACGGCAAGGACGACUGGGGUGAAGAAUACGCACAUCUCCCGCACUGCCCGGUGUUCAAAGACAUAGGAGACCUCAAGGGUCCGUUCGACCUCGGCCUCAUUCCGAUCGGCGCCUACAUGCCCAGGUGGAUUAUGAGUCCCAUGCACGCCGACCCCAGGGACGCCGUCGAGAUCUUCAGGGACACAAAGUGUAAACGAGCCAUGGGCAUCCACUGGGGAACUUGGGUUCUGACCGAGGAGGACGUUCUCGAGCCCCCGAAGCUACUGAAGAAGGCCCUCGCCCACCACUCGAUUCCCGAGACCGGUGUUUUUGACGUUUGCGAUAUUGGCGAGAGCCGAGAGUUUUGA